AUGGCCCACCUGCAAGCUCGUAAACACGUCUCUCCCGAUUCUGGCUUCCCUUACACCCUCCAUCCUCACUUCAACCCAAAAAUCACCGGCCAUGUCCCGCCCGAGGCUGUACGCCAGCCAAUCGCCGUCGAUAAAGACCGGGCUGCGUGCGCGGACGUGGAGGAGAAAGCUCUGUUCGCCGUGGCCAGGAGAGUAGACUUGACGGAGUCGAUAGGGACGCUUCUGGAGAAUGUCCAGCUUUCUCAACUCACUUCUCAACAGCUAGAUGAGCUUGCCCUGCUGGUGACUGAGAGAGGUGUUGUGUUCUUUCGCGAUCAGGAGCUCACUACGGAGAAGCAAGUGGAACUAUUUCAACAUUAUGGCAUUCUCGACCGACAUCCGGCCCAGAAAGACCGAAAGCACGUGAUAAUCAAAGGCAGCACAGAAGACCAUAGGACCAUCUUGUCAUACACCCCGUGGCCAUCAGAAGACUCUCACCCCGACACGUCAUUCGAGAUCAACCCGCCCUCUUAUUCCAUGCUCCGAAUGAAAGAGCAUCCCGAAGUCAGUGGUGAUACAGCGUGGGUCAGCCAAUACGGCCUCUACGAUGCCUUGAGCGACGCCAUGAAGAAUCAUCUCGACGGUCUACAUGCGGUGCACACUUCGAGACUGCAAUACGACACGAUUUUCGACCUAUACUAUCUGCAGCAAUUCCUGGAAUACCACAUCCAUUCCGCAGACGAUCAUCAAGUGCGCUGGAAGUAG